AAGGAAAAAAUGGGUAAAACUAUGUAUCUGAAAGUUGCUAUGGCAAAACAUGGUAAAUAACAAAUCUUCUGGGGAGACAUUUAUAAUUUCGGCAAUUUGCAAAAGCAAAUAAAUAGAGGCGGCAAUCUGCAGACAUUUGGUACUUGGCCCGCGAAAAUUCCAUUCGGAAUUUCCUAUUGCGUCACAAAAGUUCCAAUCCAUUUGUUAGUUCUGCUCUGAAAAUUCAUCCCUUUCAAUGGCUGACGAGUGCCUGGCUUCUGCAAGAAGAGAUCCAAUCAAGUCUUCAGUUGGGAAUGUUGCGGCUCAUCGAAGACGGCAGCAUGCCCUUACAGUGGGGAAGGAAAGAAGAGAAUCGUUGAUGCGUGCGAAGCGUAUCUGUAGAAUUGGGAUUGGUGAUGUUGCUCUCGAAAAUGAAAUGAUGAUGGACGAAGAAGUGUCAAUUUUGGAAGUUCAAACUUCUUCAGCAGUGGACGAGCUAAAAUCUGCAGUUGCAUACCAGGGAAAAGGUGCAAUGCAGAAGAGAAUUCAUGCCCUUCGUGAGCUAAGACGCUUGUUGUCAAGAUCAGAAUUCCCUCCAGUUGAAGCCGCUCUUAAAGCAGGAGCAGUAUCUCUGUUGGUGCAGUGUCUAUCAUUCGGUUCCUCUGAUGAGCAGUUGCUUGAAGCAGCCUGGUGCCUAACGAACAUUGGAGCUGGGAAGCCUGAGGAGACCAAAUCUUUGAUGCCAGCGUUACCCUUGCUCAUUGCUCAUCUUGGAGAAAAAAGUUCUCUGCUUGUUGCAGAACAGUGUGCAUGGGCAUUGGGAAAUGUUGCUGGUGAAGAAAUGGAGUUGAGGAAUAUUCUGCUUUCUCAAGGAGCUUUACUGCCACUUGCAAGAAUGCUGUUUCCAAACAAAGGUUCAUCUGUUAAAACAGCUGCUUGGGCACUAUCCAACUUAAUUAAGGGACCGGAUUCCAGGGCUGCUACAGAACUCAUUAAAAUUGAUGGGGUGUUGGAUGCAAUUAUUAGACACUUGGGAAAAGCGGAUGAUGAGCUGGCAACUGAAGUUGCAUGGGUAAUUGUGUAUCUUUCAGCACUCUCAAAUGUUGCUACCAGUAUAUUGGUGAAGAGCGAGGUUCUCCAACUACUUGUAGAAAGAUUAUCAACAUCAAAUAGUUUGCAAUUGCUUAUUCCGGUGCUUCGAAGUUUGGGCAACCUUCUGGCUGUGGAUUCACAUACAAUUUGUAAUGUACUAAUUCCUGGACGUGAAAUUACAGGUAGUGUUUUAGAAGUCCUGAUAAAAUGCUUGAAAAGCGAACACCGAGUUUUGAAGAAGGAAGCAUCUUGGGUACUGUCUAACAUUGCUGCGGGCUCGAUGGAGCACAAGCAAUUGAUAUAUAUUAGUGAUGCAGUACCCUUGUUAAUACGCCUUCUUUCAUCGGCACCAUUUGAUGUACGAAAGGAAGUAGCAUAUGUACUGGGAAAUCUCUGCGCUGCGCCUGAUGAAAGUGGUGAAGGAAAACCAAAAUUGCUUGUUGAGAACUUGGUUUCUCUUGUUGGCAAAGGAUGCCUUCCGGGUUUCAUUGACUUGGUAAGAUCUGCUGACACGGAGGCUGCAAGGCUAGGAUUUCAAUUCUUGGAGCUGGUAUUAAGAGGCAUGCCAAAUGGGGAGGGCCCAAGGCUGGUUGAGCGGGAGGAUGGCAUCGAAGCGAUGGAGAGAUUUCAGUUUCAUGAAAACGAAGACUUGAGAAACAUGGCAAAUCGUCUGGUCGACAUGUACUUUGGCGAGGACUACGGUCUCGGUGAGUAGGAAAUUUGUGGUUUUUAAGAUUUAGGCUCACUGUUUUUGUAAUCACAAUUAUGUACUUGGUCAUUAUCGAGUGCUUUUCGCUCCAUCUAUCAGCUACUUUAUGAAAUCCAUCAUCCAGGGAGGAAGAUGGAAUUGAGCUUUGUGUAAUAUCAUCAUUUUUUAUUUGCAAGUUUUCUGAUGAGCUUGACCAGAGCAUGUCUUGAAAAGUGUUUAUUAGGAGGGAAAUGGUUUGCAAAAUUGUGUGCAGUUGACAUGGGAUUUUGAAGUCCCUUGUCAUCUCAAUUGAACUCUUCUUUUUUCACAAUAAGUUAUAGAACCGAUGGUUUAUGGAUUCU